GUCGUGGGAUUUUCACUUUCCUUCCAAUUUGAAAUUAUUGUCGUUGUGGAAAUUUCCUCUGACAUCCGCUUCACUAUCAACAAUAGCGAGACUGUCCAACUUUGAAAAGUUGUUCCUUUUUAGAACAAUCAUGCAGGGGGGAGAAUGGAACAUGGGAGAGAAUGGAACAUGGGGGAGGAAGACACCUUUGAGAAUCUCAAAUAUUUGUGCUUGGAAGAAGUGACUCUUGCUAAGUGGGAGUUUGGAGAGGAAUCCUUUCCCGUGCUUGAGAAAUUAGCACUGUGGAGAUGUAGCAAGCUUACAGAGAUUCCGCCUAAUUUUGGGGAUGGAGCCCUCAACUUGAAGAUUCAGCUCUGGAGAUUAAACAAUAUGUUGAAGAUAUCACGGGAGAAGACAAGCUUCAGAUCCUUGGCCCGAAUAAUAUCCCAUUAUCUAAGACAGAUCCUGAGAACUUGAAAGGAAUGGAAGGAGAAGUUACUUUGGUAGAAUGAAGAAAAUGAAGAGGAAAUACAGGAGAAGGAA